ACGGCCCAAGAUGGAGGCCGGCGACAGCGAGGCCGGCCCGGCCCCCAGGCUCAGGCGCCCUUUGCGGCACAGGGUCGAACCCCGCGACCCGCCGCUGCUGCCGCAGCCGCCAUUCCGGGAAAGCGGGACGGCCGAAGAGUCUACAGCUGUAGAGAAGAAGAGGAAGCCUCUUGCCAGACUUAAUGUUCAUUCUGCAUUCUGGAUUUUGGCAUCGAUUGCUGUGACAUACUACUUUGAUUUUAUUAAAACUGUUAAAGAAACAGCAGAUAGCUGGUGGUUUGCCUGUGGCUGUUGUUUAUUUGCUGCAUGUUUCUGUGUUGCCUUUUUCUGCAUACUGUAUCUUGAGUGGUAUCGUGGAAUUCUGGACUAUGAUGCACGGUAUCCAGCACUGAUACCUAUCACAACAGCUACUUUUAUUGCAGGAGCAAUUUGUUUCAACAUUGCCUUGUGGCCUGCUUGGUCAUUUUUGACACCUUUGUUGCUCUUCAUUCAGUUCAUGGGUGUUGUGAUGCUUGUGUCACUUCUGGGAUAAGUUCUUCAGAUUCCAUUCUAGACAGUGAAAAGAAACCAUUAGUGGGAAUGAAUGGCUUUGGGGAGUACAGGCCAAAUAUCUGCAGCUUUUACCCAGACUGGAAGACUUCUUGGUGAAGUUGCUUGACUGGAUAGUAAAGGGGAGAAGACAGUAACAUCCAUAUGCAAUUGUCUUCUCUAUUCUAUUUUUUUUUUUUUAAAUUAAAAUUCUUUUCCUUAUCAUUGUC